ACCAAAGCAGAGGGGGCAGGCGGCACACAGCCCUACAGCCAGAGUACCAGCCCAGCCAUGGUCCCUGAGAUGAGUGAACGCCAGGUGUUCCAAGCCUCGGAGCUCACCUACCUCCUGGAGAACUGUAGCUCCUCCUACGACUAUGCCGAGAAUGAGAGCGACUCCUGUUGUGCCUCCCCGCCUUGCCCGCAGGACAUCAGCCUGAACUUUGACCGUGCCUUCCUGCCCGCCCUGUAUGGCCUCCUCUUCCUGCUGGGGCUUCUGGGCAACGGCGCUGUGGCAGCAGUGCUGCUGAGUCAGCGGGCGGCGCGGAGCAGCACCGACACCUUCCUGCUCCACCUGGCCGUGGCCGACAUGCUGCUAGUGCUCACGCUGCCCCUGUGGGCGGUGGACACCGCCGUCCAGUGGGUCUUCGGAUCAGGCCUCUGCAAGGUGGCCGGGGCCCUGUUCAACAUCAACUUCUAUGCGGGGGCCCUCCUGCUCGCCUGCAUCAGCUUUGACCGGUACCUGAGCAUCGUGCACGCCACGCAGCUUUACCGCCGGGGCCCCCCAGCCCGCGUGACCCUCACCUGUGUGGUCGUCUGGGGGCUCUGCCUCUUCUUUGCCAUCCCAGAUUUCAUUUUCCUGUCGGCCAACCGCGACGAGCGCCUAAAUGCCAUGCAUUGUCAGUACAACUUCCCGCAGGUGGGCCGCACGGCCCUGCGUGGGCUGCAGCUCGUUGCUGGCUUCCUCCUGCCCUUGCUGGUCAUGGCCUACUGCUAUGCCCGCAUCCUGGCCGUGCUGCUGGUCUCCAGGGGCCAGCGGCGCCUGCGGGCCAUGCGGCUGGUUGUGGUGGUCGUGGUGGCCUUUGCCCUCUGCUGGACCCCCUACCACCUGGUGGUGCUGGUAGACACCCUCAUGGACCUGGGGGCCUUGGACCGCAACUGUGGCCGAGAAAGCCGUGUGGAUGUGGCCAAGUCUGUCACCUCAGGCCUGGGCUAUAUGCACUGCUGCCUCAACCCACUGCUCUACGCCUUUGUGGGUGUCAAGUUCCGAGAGCGAAUGUGGAUGCUACUCCUGCGCCUGGGCUGCCCCGACCAUAGAGGGCACCAGCGGCAUCCAACAUUGUCCCGCCGGGAGUCAUCCUGGUCCGAGACCACAGAGGCCUCCUACUCUGGCUUGUGA